GAAACCGCAAGGUCAAAGGUCUAAGUGCACACGAGCAGCCUGCACCUUCUCGGGAGCUGUUACGUGGUGGUCACUGACCGAUCUUUUGUGCGCCUUAGGCAUCGUGAGCCCUUUGCGGAGGAUCCUGCCAGACAUGUCGGCUUCAUUGCCCGGGAAUCGCGAUCUACCCGCGUCUCAAUAUGACCUCUCCACGUAUUGGGGUCGAGUCAAACAAUCGGCCCAGAUAGCUGAUCCGAGGACCCUCUUCGUCUCCUCCUCGGGCCUCGAACAGGCCAAAAGACUGGUCACAUCCUACAAGACUGGCGAAGCGAAGACGAUGACACCAGAGAUAUGGAAUGCAAAAAAGAUUGUGGAUUCUACACUCCAUCCAGAUACUGGACAACCGGUCUUUCUCCCGUUUCGAAUGUCUUGCUUCGUCAUCUCAAACUUGGUGGUGACGGCUGGCAUGCUGACGCCAAACAUGACGGUAUGGUUCUCACUAUCCUCGGAGAAAUGGAGACUCGCUUACGGAGACAGACGACGGGGACCGUUGCGUGGCAGGUCAUCAACCAAUCUCUCAACGUGGCAAUCAACAGCGCCAAUGCCAACAAAUCGUCACCACUCUCGACGAAGACUCUCGUGCAGAGCUAUCUCCUGGCCGUGUCGGCAUCCUGCUCUGUUGCCGUCGGGCUCAACUCGAUCGUCCCUCGACUGAAGCGAGUGUCCCCGAACACGAAACUCAUCCUCGGCCGUCUAGUGCCGUUUGCGGCCGUCGCCUCGGCCGGUGCUCUGAAUGUGUUCCUCAUGCGCGGCGAGGAGAUUCGUCGUGGCAUCGACAUCUUCCCCGUGCAGUCAGAGGCGGAGAAAGCAGAACGGGAGAAGACCGGGAAGGAAGUUGCCAGCUUGGGCAAGUCUCGAAAAGCAGCGACACUCGCGGUUGGGGAGACCGCGAUUUCCCGCGUCCUCAAUGCGACCCCGAUCAUGGUCAUUCCGCCUCUUAUUCUCGUGCGGUUACAAAAGACCGAGUGGAUGAAACAACGGCCUCGAAUGGUCCUUCCGGUGAAUCUUGGUCUGAUUCUCACGACGAGUAUCUUUGCUCUACCGCUCGCCUUGGCGGCAUUCCCCCAGCGACAGGCGGUGAGCGCCAAAAGUCUUGAGAAGGAGUUCUGGGAUCAGGGAGGCGUAGACGGCAUGGUUGAGUUCAACCGGGGAAUUUGAAGCAAUAACGGAAAGAGUUUCGAUUUCUAACACCUCAACAACAUGAUCCCUUCACUCUUUCUACAGCUCAGCUUUUGCAAAGUUUGGCGUGGCAACAUGCUUGCGACUCUAUUGAGGAGACACACCGAGCAACACAACGUACAUGUCAGAGGGCAACAAUGCGCAAUGAGAUAUUGGUCGUGGCGACGUUCUCAUGAGUAUGGAGGAAGGGCCGCGUGGUGGAUACAAGGGUCACAAAUUUACAUUAUCCGUUACUCUGUAUACCCUGUAACAGUGAAAAUGAUAGCCUUGUUGGCAUCACCUUUUGGUUUCCCGCACAUUCACUCCAGGAAGCAGCCCCAACCCAACGAAAGCGAGAAGCAAAAAAGUUCCAAGGUUUUGAAGCCCCGAGCCGUCCUUCAACUGGUCGGCGCUCCUGAUACUCAUCCCGGACCAUGACCAUUCACA